AUGGCUGAGGAAGUUACAAAAGCAGAGAAGGCAAAGGCCGAAGGCAACACGUACUUUCAGGAAGGGAAGUACGCAAAGGCGCUUGCCGCGUACUCCAUCGCGAUUGAGCUCAGUGAGUCAGAGGAUGACGGUCUGGACUCGUUGGAUGGAGUUGCUCCUGCCAAGAACCCCAACGUUCAUGUCUACUACGCCAACAGGGCAUUCUGCCACAUAAAGAUGGAAAAUUUUGGCUCUGCGCUGGUGGACGCCACGAAGGCAAUCGAAGUAAAGGAAGACUGGCCAAAGGGCUGGUACAGGCGAGGGACUGCCAAUAUGGCACUCAACCGGCCGAAGGAAGCUCUUCGUGAUUUCAACCAGCUGUGCAAGUUGGCGCCCAACGACAAGGAUGCCAGAGAGAGGCUGAAGCAGUGCCAGAAGCAGGUGACUGCAGACAAGUUCGCAAAGGCCAUAGGCUGCGAGAAAACAAAGCCAGCAAGCCAGACAGUGGAUGUGGCUCAUAUGGAUGUCGACUCAACAUACUCAGGACCGGUGUAUGAGAAGGGAGCCUGCUCGGCCGACUUCUGCCUGUCAUUGAUGCAGCACCAGAAGGAGGAGAAGACAAUUGCUAAGAAGUACGCGUACCAGAUUGUUUUGGACAUGAUAGAGAUGUUGAAAGGAGCAAGCACGCUUGUCGACAUCGAGGUUCCCGACACUGGGGAGGUCACGGUAUGUGGAGAUGUACAUGGCCAGUUCUACGACUUGCUAAACAUAUUUUCGAUGAAUGGGGUUCCAUCCCAGGAAAACCCGUACCUGUUCAAUGGUGACUUUGUGGAUCGGGGUUCAUUCUCCGUCGAGGUCAUCCUGACUUUGUUUGCCUGGAAGCUUGCGUUCCCGCAGCAUCUUCACUUGGCCAGAGGUAACCAUGAAACAAGGAACAUGAACAAGCUGUAUGGCUUCGAAGGGGAAGUGACCAAGAAGUACGACGAAGAGCUAUAUUUGCUCUUCUGUGAAGCUUUCUGCUUGUUGCCAUUGUGCCACGUCAUCAACAAUCAGGUCUUUGUCGUCCAUGGAGGACUCUUCUCCAAGGAUGAUGUCACGCUGGAUUCAAUCAGACAGGUGAACAGGGUGCAAGAACCCCCAGACGAAGGCUUGAUGACAGAAAUGCUGUGGAGCGAUCCACAACCUGGCCGAGGGCGUCAGCCAUCCAAGCGCGGAGUCGGCGUCGCCUUCGGCCAGGAUGUCACGGAGAACUUCCUCAAGGUCAACAAUUUGAAGAUGGUCAUACGUAGCCAUGAGAUGAAGGAGGAGGGCUAUGAAAUUGAGCAUGCUGGCCGACUGGUCACGGUUUUCUCUGCCCCGAACUAUUGUGACCAGAUGGGUAACAAGGGUGCCUUCAUCAGAUUGGACGGGAAGACAAUGACGCCAAAGUACACUUCGUUCGCGCAUGUGCCUCAUCCGAACGUGCGUCCCAUGCAGUAUGCUAACCCUAUGCUCGGGCAGCUGUUUGGCAUGGCCUAG